CGUGCUCGUGCUUCCAUCGCCAGACAUGCUAGAUGCUCUCUAAAAGUCUGAUGCUCUCCACGCGAUUUCUUGUGCACAACAGCGACAGCAGCCAAAUAAGAGAAACCAGACUACCUAGCCACACUCCCCUCCCUCAUCGAAACAUAACUAUCAAACCCACUCCUCUCUUUCGAUCUUCCAAACCUUCUUCUGUACCUAAACCCCUCUCUUAACGAAAUGCACCCCUCUCUAUCUAACAGUCACGGCAGUUGCUGGUUAGGGAGAUACAUGUAAAAAGAAAUCCUCUACCCCUCUCUGAUUCUACAGCAACAAUAGCGACCUCCUUGAACAGCAGGGUUCUUGGAUCCAUCACGACCAUCAAAACUUCUCAUAUCAGGCGUUCUAGAUUUUUGGUUCAAUCUACACUUUAAACCCUGAGAUUUUGCUAACUGAGAUGAGCAUGGGUUCAGAGCUGAAUGAAACAGUUGAGGAUGUGACUGAAAAUCGGUGCUUUCCUGCUGGGGAGAAUAAGGGGAAAGUUCCGAAAAGAAUUCACAAGUCUGAGAGGGAGAAACUGAAGCGUGAGCAAUUGAAUGAGCUCUUUCUUGAGUUAGCCUCUGCUCUUGAAUUGAGUCAGCCAAAUAAUGGGAAGGCUUCUAUGUUGUGUGAAACAACUCGAUUAUUAAAGGAUUUGCAUACGCAGAUUGAAUCCCUCAAGAAGGAAAAUGUAGCUCUCUUAUCUGAAUCUCACUAUGUAACUGUUGAGAAAAACGAGCUGAGGGAGGAGAGUUCUGCCUUGGAACAUCAAAUUGGGAAACUGCACAGUGAACUUGAAAUGAGAGCGGCUUCACAAUCAAAGCCUGAUCUAAAUGUGCCUCCUCCUGAAUUUCUGCAACCACCACAUUUUCGAGUAGACUCUUUCAGGUUGCCUGCUGUAGAUGCUGUUGCAUUGCAGCAGACAUCGACUGUCUUCGUGGUUCCCAUCAGUCCUGAUCACGUGCAAGGUUUUCCAAUGGCUACCUCGAAUGUGAGCAAACCACAUCCUAGAUAUCCAACCGCAGCUGAUUCUUGGCCAUCUCAGCUUCUUAGGGAGCAGCAAAUUGGCAGGAAGGAAGUGUAAUGGUAGGGAUAGCAGUAUGUGUAAUCCUGGGGAAUGAGACCAUCCCCAACCUGUACAAAGGUGCUAAAGUGCAGUAAUUUACAGUAGCCUCAUUGUUGAUGUCCUUUUGGAGAGUUGCCCAUGAUCUAAUGUCUGUUUAGUUUUGGCUA